GCCUGACCGGGGUGGCCGGGGUGCGCGGGUUGGCAGGCGGAGGGGAACCCUGCUCCUGCCCUGCAGCUGGUGGCUUGCACCCACUACCUCCCCCGCCCUGCGGUUGCGCCCAAACCUCCAGCCCUCGGGAGUAUUGUGGCACCCGGAGAUAACACGCAUGUGAUGUACGCUCGCCACCGGCAGCACCACACUCAGCCCAGUGGGCGAUGCAGACCUUUCUCCACCCCCACUCCGUCCUCCCCUCCAAUCAGGCUCUCCUGAAGAGUCUCAGGUCGGAGACACCGGAGAGAGUGUGACACCCCUGCAAACAUCUCCACGAAACGUGUUCAUUGUCGAGGGAUGCCUCCGGGUAGCAAGGAUAGAGGUUUCUGCCUCGCCUCCAAGUCGGUCUUCGGGGUUUGAGAUCCCAUAUGCUCCUCUUUGAAGCGGGCCGGGUCUUUGAUUACAUCUAGCCCGUCCCUCCCCCAACAACAACAUCACGAACACACUCGAGCACACACACAUGCACACUCGAGCACUUCCUGAUUGCAGAACGGCCCCUGUCACUGCGGAUCCAUUGUCAGAAAUAGCUUGUGCCAAUCAAAGGAAUGUGCCUUUGGAGGAGGAUGUUUUCCGCCACCAAGCCACGGGAUGUACUUCUGACAGCCGGUCUUUGCUUGUCUCUGGAUCUUAGCCAUGUCUAAGCAUCUUCAUGAUGUUGCUUCUCCGGUGCACCCCCCGUGAAUUAGGUUUUUGAUGACUGUACCAAAAUUGGGAAUAUGUGCUUGAGUUUCUUUUCCCUUGCUCUAAAAAGUCAGCUGAAAGAUAGCCAGAAAGGUGGAAAGAGUGGAUUGUUUUGGAGUUUGGACAAACAGUCUUUGGAACGAGUUCUUCUGGACUAGGUGGCCUCAUCUCCUUGCUCACUCUUGGGUUGUAUGCCCCUGUUUCAGCUGAGAUGCUCCAAGUCCCUUGUAGCUGUCUGUGGAAGGAAAUCAGGAGUGCUCUGCUCAUGGUGUAAGAACAGCCUUGUUCUUAACGAGUUGGUGCUGUGACGCAGAAAGAGUUGCACGCGGGCUCCAGGAGUUUCUUGUUUUCAAUUGAGUACUUAGUUCUCUGUGGAUGGAGAAAGAGUUGAGUCUUAAUUGCCCUGUUUCAGGGUGUUCUGUGUAGUCUGAACUGGGCCUUUUCCCAAUGAGCUACACAGCCAGUCCUUGUCAGGAGCUGGUUGAAAACUGUACAGUGCAUGCAGAAGGAAUGGCACAGGAAGAGAGCCAUCGAAGUCAGGCACCACCCACCUUCUACCAUGGUGCCAGCCAGGAGCUUGACCUGUCCACCAAAGUGUAUAAAAGGGAGUCUGGAAGCCCUUAUUCUGUGCUAGUGGACAGCAAGAUGAGCAAACCACAUCUCCACGAGACCGAAGAACAGCCAUAUUUCAGGGAGCCAAGAGCAGUGUCUGAAGUGCACACUGUCAAGGAAGACCGGGAGAAUUCUGAUGACACAGAAGAGGAGGAGGAAGUCUCUUACAAAAGGGAGCAGAUCAUAGUGGAGGUAAACCUUAAUAAUCAAACGUUAAAUGUGUCUAAAGGGGAAAAGGGUGUCUCUUCUCAGUCCAAAGAGACUCCUGUUCUUAAGACAAGCAGCGAGGAAGAGAGUGAGGAGGAGGAGGAGGCCACAGAUAACAGUAGUGACUACGGAGAGAACGAGCGGCAGAAGAAAAAGGAGAAGCGAGGGGAGAAAGUCAGGGUUGCACAAAGGCGAACCCGGAGAGCUGCCUCUGUUGCCGCAGCUACCACUUCCCCUACCCCCCGCACAACUCGAGGCCGGAGGAAGAGUGCAGAGCUACCCAAGCGGAAGAAGCGGGCUGCCGCGGAGCCUAAAGCGCCAGUGCAGAAAGCUAAGUGCGAAGAGAAAGAGACUCUGACCUGUGAGAAGUGCCCCAGGGUGUUUAACACCCGCUGGUACCUGGAGAAGCACAUGAACGUUACUCACAGGCGCAUGCAGAUCUGUGAUAAGUGUGGCAAGAAGUUUGUCCUGGAAAGUGAGCUGUCCCUUCACCAGCAAACAGACUGUGAAAAAAACAUUCAGUGUGUUUCCUGUAACAAAUCCUUCAAGAAACUCUGGUCCCUUCAUGAACAUAUCAAGAUUGUCCACGGAUAUGCAGAAAAAAAAUUUGCCUGUGAGAUUUGUGAGAAGAAGUUCUAUACCAUGGCUCACGUACGGAAACACAUGGUCGCACACACAAAAGACAUGCCAUUUACAUGUGAAACCUGUGGAAAGUCUUUCAAGCGUAGCAUGUCACUCAAGGUGCACUCGUUGCAGCAUUCUGGAGAGAAACCCUUCAGAUGUGAGAACUGCGAUGAGAGGUUCCAGUACAAGUACCAGCUCCGCUCCCACAUGAGCAUCCACAUCGGGCACAAGCAGUUCAUGUGCCAGUGGUGUGGCAAGGACUUCAACAUGAAGCAGUACUUCGAUGAGCACAUGAAGACGCACACUGGAGAGAAACCUUUUAUCUGUGAAAUCUGUGGCAAAAGCUUCACCAGCCGACCCAACAUGAAGAGGCACCGCAGAACUCACACAGGCGAGAAGCCCUAUCCCUGCGAUGUGUGCGGCCAGCGGUUCCGCUUUUCCAACAUGCUGAAGGCCCACAAGGAGAAGUGCUUCCGAGUGACCAGCCCAGUGAACGUGCCGCCAGCUGUCCAGAUCCCGCUGGCCUCAGCUCCAGCUGCCCCUGCCCCAGCCGUGGCCAACACUCCCACGAGCCCAGCCCCCGCAGUCGGUAUGAACCCGAGCCCGCACGUACAAGGCAACGAGGAAGCCAAGUCCUUGUCUGGCUGUCGUGGCCCAGAAGCUUCCCCACCCCCACUGCCCCAGUGGACCUCUACAGGCUCCUUUCAUCCACACUAUCAAAAAAGGUAGAAACUGUAGCUUAGUCAUUGGUUAUCUCAUUUUAUACUGAAGAAUUUUUCAAUAUUGGGCAAAGAUUCCGAAUUCUAGGCUCAAGGCUGGUGGAGCAACUGUUCUGUGGAUGUACUAUGAAUACUCACUGAAAAAUUCAGGUGGUCAGUUAGGAUUUGGUUUUUUUUUUUAACUCAGAUGACUAUAGCCAUAAGAAACUGUCUUCUACAUAGGAACUUGAGUAGCAAGUCAGUAACCACACCAUCCUUAACAGAAGCAGAAACAAAAACAUUUGAAAUGAGUUAGCACUGUCACAGUGUAUAAUUCUUACUGAACUGUGGAAAGAUCUAGAAAUGCCACUUUUCCCCCCAGACAAAUAUUUUUUUCCUUGGAUUUGUAGAAAACCUGCUCUAAAAAGUGACUCUCGACAGUGUCAUAGGAAAAAUGAGUAUUUGCGUGACAAAGUUCCUAACAAAUGCUUCUGUGUCAGGAGCCACAGGGUGGGGCCUUAAGCGUCAGGUGCAUCAGGUUUAACUCGAUGGAGACUCAGACUCAGGGUUGAGAAUGUGCUUGGGGUCGGCUGCCCAGACAGCGGCUGCCCUGUGUGGCUGCUCGCGCACAGGUGCCGCUCUGCACUGUCUCCUGUGAGUUAGCUCUGCAGAACCUGGUGUGUUCUCGUCACCUGUGUGUGAAAAAAGACCUGUGGGAGAGUUUGUGUCCCAGGCCCUUAUCUACACUGUUGUCUUGUAAAGACACAGGCCACAUCUCAGAAUAAGAUUGUAAAUCAAGGCUUUUCUCAUUAUGUCAUUUUAUACUAUUUUCAAAGACUUUCACUGUUGCAAGGAUUAUUUACUUAUAUGUAAACUAGGCUAGCCUUGAACUCACAGCCUGAGUGCUGGGUCUAAAGGGCUAAACUACAACAGCCAGCCCACCCAAGAAUCUUGGUGGUGGUGGUAGUUUUUAGGAGAAAGGGUCUCGAUAAAUACCUACAAUACCUACGCUGGCCUGAACUCCCUAAUGGAAGCUGACCAUGGGUAGACUCGAACCCAUGACUCCCCCCACCUCUGCUUCCCAGGUGCUGGGACUGGGGUACCUGCUCUACCCUGCCUGGCCUCCACAAGCUGGUUUUGAGUUGGCACUGCAUCUUUUGGUUCGGAGGUUGGGUUCUGCACCUUUAGCCCUUUUCACAGAGAUUUUAUCAUUUGGAUGCAAACACUUUUAGCCUAAUGGAAGGCGGCUGCUCUCAAAUGGAGUCAGGUAGGCUCCUAGUGGGUGAGAUUUUAAGACUGAAUGAAAAUGAGAUGAACCAUGUAAAGGCAUGUGGCUUCACUUUCAGUAUAUUCUUAUUUUUAGCAAAUGGGGAGUCUCCACAUAAAAGUUAAAUAAAGUUCAAAGACACGUUUGAAAAUCAUUUCCAGGGACUGUCUCAGUGGCCCUCCGAAUCAGUCCUUGCGCAUGGACCUUUGUGGAGCUGUCCUGCCUGAGAGCCACAUCUGUUGACAUUGUCUUUCUGAGCUGGCCGUCCCCACCCCCUUCCUCUGCGAACCAGAGGCAAAAUCUCUGAAGCUCUGAAUUUUAACUUCUUGAAAUUUUUUCAGUUUUUAUUAUUGUUGAGUGGCUAUGUGUUUGUUUUCACUUGUAUUUCACUGGAAGAUUUACAGUUUGAGACUGUGAACUAGAGAAAGAAUUCCAUUGCAGGUUGUGUGUGUGUAUAUGUGUGUGUGUGCAUGUGCGUGUGUGCGUGCGCGCACGCUUGAACACCAGUUUGCAUGUACAUCUAUGUGGAUUUAUUCCCUCUUGUAGAUUUUGGUUAGGAAAACACUACUAUGGUAGGUGAGUUUUUGUGUUUAAAGAGAAAAACUAGAACUUCCAUUAAGAGAUCCCCUGUUUCAGCUAAAGGAACCCCUCUGUUGGAGCUACUGUAUGGAAAUACCACUCUUGUUACUUUGAUAGUCCAUAUGAUACAGAUUUUGAUGUUUUCCAGACUACAGUGGAACAUGUCAUGAAAAGAGGCUGGCUAUGUUAGCUCUAACCAUUUUAUCCACUUAAAAAAAAAUCAGCUGGGAGUCCUAAAACUUGAAAGCUGAGCAAAGGAUCACCGGCUUUUAAGGGUUUUUUAUUUCCUUUUGUGUGUGUGUGGAGGGGGGGGGGUUGGUUUUUCGAGACAGGUUUUCCCUGUGUAGCCUUGGCUGUCCUGGAACUCUGCAGACCAGGCUGGCCUCAAACAGAGAUCCGCCUGCCUCUGCCUCCCGAGUGCUGGGAUUAAUGGUGUGCACCACCACUGCCAGGCUGGUUUUUCUUUGCCUCACCGAGUUAGGAAUUUUCUCGAGUUCCCUCCAUUUUUGUUUCCAUUUUCAGGAAGAAAAGGUCAUAAGCCAUUAGAAAUAGUGGCAUUGUUAUUCAGUAACAACCCGGUAGCUAAUCCGCCUUUGUCAUCUGUAGCAUUCGUGAGAAGUGACACGGACCUUCCAACCCUGGAACUACCUCGAUAAAGCAACCCAGAGACCCUCACUAAACUUUCUAUGGAAGCCAUAAAAGUUGUCAAUAUGCCCACCUUCACAGCUCUAUACUUUUAUACUCGCUAGACUUUUUUAUAGACUUGUACUCAGACCUUUCCACCUUAGAGCGUAGCUUUUGCUAGACGCCAGGGAAAAUCACAUUCCUUAAAUGUUCCAACUUCGGAGCUCUAGCUUCAGUAAAUUUGUUUAAAGAACCAGAUGCCAUGCCAUUCAAAAAAUGACACAUUUAAAUCAGAAGUGCUUUGCAGACCUACAUAUUCUGAAAACAAACUCCUUUUCCUCACUCCCUGACCACAGGCCACAUUGUUAUAAAGUGGGGUCUCUCUGCCCUGGUAACUCAGGGUUCCCGGUUCAUUUGUGCAUAGUGACAGUGUCCCUGUCACUGUGUUGUACAGUUGUCUGCUGUAGCACAGAGGAGUGAGUUGUUAGCCGUUGGUCUGUCCCCUGCUGCCCUGUGCAGCUUUACACCCAAUCACUCUGCUCUCGAGUGCCUUCAAGAAGCCCACAUCCUGGAACCUCCUCUCCCUGGUCUGAAUCCUACCUCUGAUUGUUUCAUUCAGCAGAAUUAUUGGAAUUCACCCUUAGUCAAAGGGCUUAAAUGCAAACUUGCUAAAACCCGGCUGAGGUUUGUGAACACACUUGUCUUUUGUUGCCCCGCGUCGCUCGCUGCUCAAUUGUGUUUGUAGCUUCUUUCUGUCUUACUCCCCACCUACCACACCCCCAUACUAGAGCCGUCCUUGUCCUUCGCCUGCUAGUCUUUCGCCACAGGCUGGCUGUUCCUUUAAAACCCGAGGCCACCCGGUGUGUCUCCGGCCAUCUUUUUCUCAUCUGAAGUCUUCCAAAUGCCGACACUUUCUAAUUAAAAGGAUGCUGAAUGCUGCUGGUGGGGCACACCCUCUCUUUCAAACGCGUUUUACAGGGUUCUUCCCGUGACCUUAUCGUAGUCAUAGGAAUAUCAAAGUGCUCUCUGGGUUUAGCAGAAGUCCUUUAUUGAGUUUUGAUCGCCCCUUCCCAUCAGCCACCUGUCCCCUCCUAAACCCCAGUUUAUUUUCUAGUUGUCCUUUAAAAAGUGUGACUGGUGUCUAAUAUAUGAAAGAUGGAAUAAAAAGGAAGCUGAAGUGUGUUCUUUGUGUAAUGUGUGCACUUCAUUGAUAAAAAUUACUUCAGCAACUGGCGGGUUUUCGCAUCCCGGCUUCCGUAACGGGCUGUGUGCUCCCUCUGAAAGUGAAACAGAUGAACUCUGUCAGUGCAGCAGUUGGAUUUUGUUUUUGACUUAUUUUCCUUUUUUGUGAGUGAAUGAACACUAACCUUAGCCAAAAUCUUUGCUUUCUGACUUACAAUCUCUUGCCUCUUUCCUUCAAGUUAUUAGUACUCAGGCAUCCAAGACUGCUGGCUGUGUGAGGUAGGGAUCUCGAAAGGGAGCCGAUGAUAAGCUUUUAAUCCCUUCUGUCUGAAAACAGACAGGAUUGUUAAUCGGUGGGGCAAACUGUGAGCAUUGGUUUGAAAAUGUAGACGCCAAGCCAUGGGGGUAACCUCACCACCGGCUGUGUAGACAAGGCAUUGUAGGGACCGUCAACCUUGCCCACCCCUCGCCUAGACAGUCACCCCCUGAGAGCAGGCUGCCUGUGAGCACCACGCUUACCUGUCGCCGGGAGGGCCUGUGUCCUUAGAGGGGCGGCCUUGUUUUGUGUCUUCAUUAGGAUGCUUCUGGUCAGGUAGCAAAGAGAGUUCUUGCCCCUCCGAGGUGAACACUGGGGAGGCUGGGGAGGUGACAAAUCAGAUCUUACAAGAAACGGAGAUGCUCAAAAAGGGUGGAAGCUGGGUUCUGCUUCAUGUCAAAAGGAAACCCGCUGCUUGUGUUGGCUGGCUUCAGUAAAGAGCCUGCCUGUCUGAGAAGAGCGCGGCCUGUUUCCACAUCUGUGGCUCCCCUGAAUGAACACAGCCUUACAGGUAAAGGGACCCAUGUUGCCAGAAGCAGGGCCUCGCUGGCACCCUGCAUAGGAUCUGAGACUGCCUGGCUGAAUUGGAAAGUGUGAGUUAAGUCGAAAAGAAAUAAAUGGUGUGGUGUAAUGUUUGUGUUUACUUCUCAAGUUUUAUCGCCAGAUACAUGGCCUCAGAAAACCAGGUGUAUUAUCUUCCAGAAUAUGGAGGAGAAAAAAAAAUCAUUUUUGAGCUAAUUGUUUCCUCUGCAGUACUUGUUUUAGCCAUAAGGGGGCGAUAAAGUACUUUCUUCUCGGCAUUUUAGUCUCUGCUGGGCUUAUCCAUCCCUUGGCGCUCUGGUUGGAUUUGACUAAAGCGAUUUCAUGCAUCACUAAGUUGAGUAGUUGUUCAGGCCUAGUGAUGGGAACAGAGAUGGACUCCUGGGUCUGGGGUCUGUGUGGGUUGUUGGGCAGCAUGAUCAGCCAGUAACAUAACCAAUAUGUUAAUAUUGGUGUCCAGAGAGAGGUUGAAAGCUAAGCCCUUAUUAUGAAGGAUCCAGUGCUGACUAAAUGCAGAGCUGAAAGGUGACGGUCCUCCCUGUUUUCUUCCUGCAAGUCCUGUCCCAGCCCUGCCUGCCCCAUCAUGUCUAUGACAGCAGCGGGGUCUCUGGAGUGCCAGCGAGCACACGCCGUCUCACCGUCUGCCCCUGGUGGGUAUCUGCUACCAGGAGUAGGUCUUGCAGGUCUCCUUUAGCAAGCACCCCUGCAAGACAGAAUUUUGGGCCCAGCCCUCUCUGCCAGUUCCUUGUCCUUGCCUUGGGCGCCUAGCUCUCAUCAGCUCUCCGGGAAUUUUUGAUUGUGACCACUGCAGCAUCUUCAGAUGAAGAGUUGGGCAUCCCUGGGAAAGCAGCAGCCUGCGGACAUUUGCCUGGUGGGGUGAAACGUUUACCUGUGGAAGGGUCUCCCUUACUGAUUUCUUUCUGGUCCCUUUUUUCCGCAAGACCUGAGAACCUGAGCAAGGCCAGACACACAGAGUGGGGGCUCCUUGGUAAUUCCAGCACUAGGCAGAAGCGGAACAGAGGCAGGUGGCCAGGUGAUUUCCCCCAGAGUGCUGAGGUCACUUGCACAUUCUCAUUUCUUCAAGGAAGUUCAGUGUGCUUGCUAGAACCCCUCAGCCUUAGGUUUGCAAAACUUGCUGCUGAAUGUCUAUCCAAAGGAGUGAGAGAAGGCAGAAGCUGCUUGUUUCCGGGCCUGUCUGCAAGGUCAAGAAGAUUAAGACUAUAUCUAGUCUAGAAGGGGACAGUGUCUCUCUCUCACCUCUGGAGAGGCACAGGUGAAGGUCAAAUUGGGACCCAGUGAGGGGACAUGUCUGUCAUGCUGUAAAGCUUAGAGGGCCUGCCAUUGGGGGUGGGGGAUGGCAGGCAGGUAGGACAGGACCUCUUGAUGUGGGAAGGAUGAGAGAGGAGCUGCAUCGUGGAUGGAGCUAGGCGGGCUCUGACUGGCCUGCAGUGCCUGGCUUCCAACAUCUUUUUCCCUAGCAUCCUGUCAGUUCCCCCGGCGUGAUGAUUUCUCCCUUGUGUUAACUACAACAAUAUUAUUUUUUUUUAGCAAUUGAAAUGCACUUUUUUUAAAAUUUCAACUCAAUCAUGAUUUUAAGUAUAAAGAUUUAUAGAUUGUUAAAACUACUUUUUUGUGUAUUUUUAACCAUUCAAUGUAGCAUUGUAUAUUUUAUUCUUAUUAAGACACUGGUACAAGUUGUGCCAUUCAAUGAUUUUUUUUUUUUUUCCAACAUGCUGGGCCUUUGGAUGUAUACGGUAACCGACUUCAUGCUAAUGUUCAAAGUAAAAAAAAAAAAGAAGAAAAAGUA